AUGGCGGCAGCUGUUGUCCUGCUGCUUUUUAUUGCCCAGCAGCUGUGGCAUCAGUUUCAUCACUGCUCUGAGCAGCACAUCAGCUCGGGAACUGGAUGUUCGGACCUUUCAGCAGCCCAGAGAAAAUUUGCCCAUUCUCUGAGAGACUUUCAAUUUGAAUUCAUUGGCGAUGCAGAGACAGAUGAUGAAAGAUACAUAGAUGCGUCACUUCGUGAGUUUUCAAACUUUUUAAAAAAUCUGGAAGAACAAAGAGAAAUUUUGGCACUGAGUGUUACUGAAACUCUGAUCAAACCUUUGGAAAGAUUUAGGAAAGAACAGCUAGGAGCUGUAAAGGAGGAAAAGAAGAAGUUUGAUAAAGAGACAGAGAAGAAUUACAGUUUGUUAGAAAAGCAUUUGAGUUUAUCAGCUAAGAAGAAAGAGCUACAAUUACAAGAGGCAGAUAACCAAGUGGAGCAGAACAGAAAACACUUCUACGAGCUGUCCCUCGAGUAUGUAUGCAAGUUGCAAGAGAUACAGGAGCGGAAGAAAUUUGAGUGUGUGGAACCUGUGCUAUCAUUUUUUCAGGGUUUGUUCACUUUCUAUCAUCAGGGUUAUGAACUUGCUAAAGACUUCAAUCAUUACAAAAUGGCUCUGCAGAUAAAUAUACAAAAUACACGAAAUCGUUUUGAAGGAACAAGGUCAGAGGUGGAGGAGCUCAUGAACAAGAUCAGAAGAAAUCCCCAGGAACAUAAAAGAGCAAAUCACUUCACGAUGGAAGGCUAUCUUUAUGUACAGGAAAAAAGGCCUGCUCCCUUUGGUUCCAAUUGGGUAAAGCACUAUUGCACGUAUAGGAAGGAGACUAAGAAGUUCACGAUGGUCCCAUUUGAACACAGAUCAGGAGGGAAAAUUGGUGAUGAGGAACUCUUCGUCCUUACAUAUUGUACCAAAAGAAAUAUAGAUACUAUAGACAGGCGAUUCUGUUUUGACUUAGAAGCUUCAGACAGGCCUGGACUUCCUGUGACCAUGCAGGCGUUUUCUGAGGAGGACAGGAAGCUGUGGAUGGAAGCCUUGGAUGGAAAAGAAGCUCUGUUCAUCAAUUUGAAUAGAACAAAUGCAAAACAAGAGGGAAGUGCACAAUUGGAUAAGAUAGGGUUCGCAGUCAUCAGAAAGUGCAUCAGUGCUGUUGAAACACGAGGUAUAAAUGACCAAGGAUUGUACAGAGUUGUGGGGGUGAGUUCAAAGGUCCAGAGACUUCUGAGCUUGUUGAUGGGUAUGCCUCUAUGCAAUGAAGUUGACCUGGAAAACUCUGUAGAUUGGGAAGUGAAGACAAUUACUAGUGCUAUGAAGCAAUAUCUGCGAAGCCUUCCAGAGCCACUGAUGACAUAUGAGUUGCAUGGAGAAUUCAUCGUUCCUGCCAAAAGCGGGAGUCCUGAAUCUCGAGUUAAUGCUGUUCACUUCUUGGUCCAUAAACUCCCAGAAAAGAACAAAGAGAUGCUGGAAAUUUUGGUCAAACACUUGGCGAAUGUUUCAAAGCAUGCCAAGAGGAACCUAAUGACUGUGGCAAAUCUAGGGGUAGUAUUUGGACCAACCUUAAUGAGGCCCCAGGAGGAAACUGUAGCAGCCAUCAUGGACCUGAAGUUUCAGAAUAUUGUUGUUGAAAUCCUGAUAGAAAAUCACGAGAAGAUUUUCAAAACUCUGCCUGAUGCUACUUUCCCUGAGACGAUCUCUAUGUCAGUAUCUCCUCCAAAUGCCCCACCAAGGCAAUCAAGAAGACAAGGACAGCGUAUUAAGAGGCCUUUGGCUGUGUACAAUCUCUGUCUUGAGCUGGAUGAUGCUGACAGUCACAGCUCUCGCAGAGAAGACACCCCAACUGGGAGCAUGGAUUCUCUUUCUUCCCAGUCUCCAACACCUGCCUUCUCUAGUAGCCCCUCUGGGCUCCUGGACGGAAAUCACCUUAUUAUGGACAGCGGAGAUCUUGCAGGUUGGACAACAAAUCUUCCUGGUCAAAGCCGCCCAUCAAUGGUCUCGUGGAUGAACACACCGUCUGCUAACCCCGCUGCCACAAAUACUGCACCGCCCGCUUUCUUCUUCCCUAACCCUGCCACUGGGAGCGACAGAGCAGUGGAAAGCAUUGCCCACCGAAAAGCAAGAGCAGUAUAUCCAUGUGAAGCAGAACAUAGCUCUGAAUUAUCAUUUCAGAUAGGAGCAAUUUUUGAAGAUGUGCAAUUUUCCAGAGAACCAGGAUGGCUAGAAGGCACGCUAAAUGGCAAGAGAGGACUUAUUCCACAAAAUUAUGUUCAGUUUUUAUAG